UCCCAAGCGUCCUUGGCAGCACAGUCCGUGAUGGCAACGAAAGGAAACGUAGCAUGUAAAGUUAAUCUGUUGGCUUGUUAAUUGGCUAACGUUAUACCCACUCUUGACAGCAAAAGUAUGUUGAUGGUUUUAGGAUUUCAUUUGUAGUUAUAGAAGGACACAUUUGACUAUUUUCUUGCAUCGUUGGAAAUGGCAUCAAGCAACCCGUCUGUAUUUCUUCUAAUGAUCAACGGGCAAAUAGAGGGAGGCAAUUUUCCAGAGUACGACGACCUGUACUGCAAGUAUUGUUUUGUGUAUGGACACGACUGGGCUCCCACGUCGGGUUUGGAGGAGGGCAUCUCUCAGAUAACAUGCAAAAGCAGAGAAUCUCAUAAGCUGAUCUGGAACUUCCCCCUGGAUAUCACCUUUAAGAGCACCAAUCCCUUUGGAUGGCCACAGAUUGUGGUGAGUGUCUAUGGUCCCGACGUCUUUGCAAAUGAUGUUGUCCGAGGUUAUGGUGCCACUCACAUCCCUUUCACCCCUGGAAAACACACAAGAACUAUACCAAUGUUUGUUCCAGAAUCCACAUCAAGACUUCAAAAGCUUACAAGCUGGCUUAUGGGAAGACGUCCUGAGUUCACGGACCCAAAAGUGGUAGCUCAAGGAGAAGGAAGAGAAGUAACGCGGGUGCGUUCUCAAGGCUUUGUCACGCUUCAGUUCAACAUUGUGACCAAGGACCUGAAGAAACUGGGCUACGACACCACCCCCGGAUCCUCCGAGGCGCCUCCCAUCACAGGCCUGUCUGGAACAGACCAGCCAUACACAUUGUGAUAGCCCUGUCUAACCAAGAGCAGCCUUACUGGCACCAAUUACCAUAUACGCACUAAAAGCUAAGCACCCAGGGAGGCAGCUCCAGUGCAUCCACAAUGUCUUAAAUCAAUUCAGCGAAUUAUAGGAACCGUUUACUGUAGUACAUUAACAGUGUUUGUGUUUCACUGAAAUUGAUGAAGCAGAGUUUUUUUUUGUAUAUAUAUAUAUAUUAAAUUGUGGUUUGUAUUUC